AUGGCAGAAACACACAAUCACCAAUCCCCUGCAACGGAACUCUCCAAAGCAGAGCGCUUCAAAGCUACACACCUCGCCGCGCGCCAUGGCAAUUACCACCAAUAUUAUGCUAAGUUCCGGGCACCCACCGUUCCGGACGAGCGCCUUUCCAUUCUGCCAUCAGACAUCCUUCGCAACGCGCGUGUGAUAGAUCUAGGCUGCAACGCGGGAAAACUGACCCAUGAAGCGAUGGUGCAUUGCGGCGCGGCCGCCUCAGUCGGCGUCGAUAUCGACCCGUGGCUAGUCGAGCAGGCCAAGGCCACGUACCCGGAAGGGCCGUGCACUUUUGAGCACUUUGACUUCGUGGAUACGUCCGCGUAUACAGGUACCGCACUGGGCAAGUUCGACGUUGUCCUAUUGCUCUCCGUGACCAAGUGGAUACAUCUCAACAACGGAGACUCCGGGAUUUUGAGACUAUUUGCGCACAUACAAAGCAUACUGAAUGAUGGGGGCUAUCUCAUCGUGGAGCCGCAGCCUAUGAGCAAUUAUGCGAGAGCUUCAAAGAAGAAUAAAGAACUGAGAGAGACAUAUAAGACGAUCCAAAUCAAGCCACCGUUCGAGAAUGAGUUGAAAGCGCUGGGAUUUGAGAGGAUACUGCAAUUUGAGAGGGAUGAAGAGGGCUUUGCUAGGCCCGUACAUGUUUGGAAAAAAUUAUCAUAA